AUGGAGCAAAAUCAAAAGUUUGUCGAAGUUAUAGAAAAUAGUAACUCAGAAAGGAAUGAAAUUCGACGACAGAAGGUUGAAUUGGCUAAAAUGAAAGAAGAGAAUAAAAUACUAUUUACGGAUUUGAAUUCUAUAUCCGAUCCAGAAUUUCGCCAGUUUAUUCAAAAUGAAAAGAGACAAAUUUACAAAAGAAGAGCACAAACAUCUAAAUAUGGUGAACAAAGAGAAGGUUCUCAAUCUCAAGGAUCCCAAUAUCGAGCAUCUCAGAAUGAAGGAUCUCGAUUUAAUGAAGCUCAUGGUGAAGGAGCUACAGAUGAAGGCCAAGGAUCUGAGACGAACCUCCCAGGAAAUUUUAGUCAAUACUUUGAUUAUCUUGACGGAACGAAAAAUGAUUUCCCAAAUUAUUAA